GCUUUACAUACACACUCACUGUUGGGGUUGGAGAGGAGAGGAGAGGUGGGGAAAGAGAGAGAGGGGGGGGAGACUACUCGUCGGCUAGGUCAGGAGGCGGCCGGCGACCAUGGGGCACCACUGCUGCAGCAAGCAGAAGGUGAAGCGAGGGCUGUGGUCGCCGGAGGAGGACGAGAAGCUCGUCCGGUACAUCUCCGAGCACGGCCACAGCUGCUGGAGCUCCGUCCCCAAGCACGCCGGGUUGCAGCGGUGCGGCAAGAGCUGCCGGCUCCGGUGGAUCAACUACCUCCGGCCCGACCUCAAGCGCGGCACCUUCUCCGAGCAGGAGGAGCGCACCAUCAUCGACGUCCACCGCAUCCUCGGCAACCGGUGGGCGCAGAUCGCCAAGCACCUGCCAGGGCGCACGGACAACGAGGUGAAGAAUUUCUGGAACUCGUGCAUCAAGAAGAAGCUCAUCGCGCAGGGGCUCGACCCCAAGACGCACAACCUCCUGCCGGCGUCGAAGACGCUCCUCCAUGGCGGUGGCGGUGGCGGCGCUGCAAACCCUAGCGGCAACGGCCUCGCGCAGUUCCAGUCUAACAACGGCGCGGCGGCGGCGGGCACCACGCCGUUCACCAUCAGCUCUCCGGCCAAGGCGGCCGCCUACGAUGUCGCGCCGCCGGCGUUGUACGACGUCGUCCUCCCUGCUAACCCCGCCGGUGGAAUGCUGAUGGCGCAUGAUCACCACCAUCAUCACCAGGUCGCCGCGGCGGCGGCGCCGGUGGGAUACCCCUACGCCGACCACGGCGGCAACGGCGGAGGCGUGCUGAUGAGCUUCAGGGAUCAGAACGCCGGCGUCCACGGCGCCGCCUCCAUGGACUUCAUGAACGGCUCCUCCUCGUCCUCUUCCAUGGAGCAGCUCGGCGGCGGCGGCGGCAUGUCGUCGAACGGCAACGGCAGCUUCAGCGCGAGCAUGGCGGCGUUCAUGGACGAGGAGGCGGCAAUGUGGGCCACCGCCGUCGCGCCGCCGGGCAUGGGCGGCCUCGCCGGGAUGGAUCAGGUGGCGCAGCAGCAGCAGCAGCAGCAAGUGCUGGUGCAGGAUGCGGCCGUGGGCGUUGCGCCGACGACGCUGAUGAUGCACGGCGGCGGCGCCGCCACCGCCGGUGCAAUGGUGGUGGACAAGAGCGUGGAGAUGGUGGACGUCUCGUCGGCGGUGUACGGCGGCGCGACGGCGACGGCGUUCGAUCUAGACCUGAUGGUGGAGUCGUGCGGGAUGUUCUGCGGCGGCGGCGGCGCCGGCAACGCCAUGGAGCAGCUGCAGUGGGACUGCUAAGCCCAUUUAUCCUCUCACCCCUAAUUAGUUCCUUAAUUUCCCAUGCUUAAAUUCGAUGCGUUUUUUAUCCCCUUAGUUUCCAUUUUGAUGUUCAAUUCCAUGUGUUCUUGAUUCAGAAUGUUUCAGAGAUCGUCCUUUCAGGCAAGAAAUGCAAUGCUAAGAUGAGUGAUAAGACAAACUUAUCUAAUUUAGACA